AUGGCUGCCGCUGGCGAAGGCGACUUCUCAAGGCUCGAGGCAGGCUUCGCCGAGCUCAAAGUGGAACGUCGACGUGUGUCUCUCGAACAAGUAACGAACAGGCACGCCAACGAUGCAGAACAAAAUGUGGCGAAUGACCUAGAUAUCAACUACAAUGUCACUGCCGACGUCUUGCCACCAAACCUCUACCCUUCUUUGCAGUCUAUCUUUCCAGCUUUACAGUACAGUGCAUACAUGGGCAACCCAAACAACUUUUCGAGCACCACCGCUAUCGAAUGUUUUGAUCAGUCGGAUCAUAACGCGACCUUUCACACACUAAACAGCCAGAGUCUAGAAAGGCUGUUGGCUACUAUCAACCAGGAUAACAAGGAAGAUAGCGAAGACGACAAGCAUGGCAUCAAGGAGGACAAAUCCCAGAGCCAUAUGACAACAGCGACUCAGCCAGAUCGGGCGACUGAAAUACAAUCACAACAUCCGAGCGCGGCAGUACAAUCACCCGCCGGGUCCGCGCUCACUCCUCCACAGGAAGCCGAUCAAACACCUGGAGCUACUGAAGUUUCUGGUCCUACGACGAGUCAAACACCACAGUCAGCCACCAGCGGGCGUCUGCUGGUUUUCUUUGUCCCCUUAACCACCAAAAAGGGAGCUACGUUUGGAUCUCAAGUAGCCCUGGAAAGUGCCACAACACAGAUGCUCUUUAAUGCCCUUGGUGCGAACCCAGAAUUCCUCCCGAAUCUCCUCGGACGGCCCGACUACUGGUCUCCUCGAAGCCGAUGGCAGUGUAAUAUAAACAACGAACUUGAAAUGUCCGAUUAUUUCUGCCAACAUCCUCGCUGGAAUACACAACGUCAAGGCUUGCCUCUAUCAGUGUACAUGAUCCGGCGUGUAAACCUAGCCCUCACCGCGUACAUUAUCUCUCACUCAACUAGCGACACUAGUAUCCAUGCGCUGAAACAAAUUCUCAAAGUCGGCAUCAGUCACUUCGGCAUGACGAGUCACGUUUCAAACUACCUUACCAACCCUUUUGAGAUUGCCGUUUUACUAUCAUCCUUAUCACUUGAAGCAUCCAAAUUUUACCUGGCACGAUUCCGUCGGUAUAUGUGGCAGCAAGUCAAUAAAGUCGACGAUCAUCUUGCCGGGCUCGAGACCAGCGACCGUGGGAAGCUGACUGAGCUUACAAAGUCUCUCCAGAUCAUCUCGCAGCAGGCAGAUUCGCAGCUACUUAGCAUCGACGUCGCAAUUAUCACGGCGACAGGUAUCCGCGACGCACAAGCCAAGCUGCAAAACUAUCUCUCCACGCCAAUCUUGUUUCGGCAGCCGGCGGAAGACGCUAUCAACUAUGUGAUUGACUCCAUGAAGAAGCAUAAGAUGCUCUUCUUGAAUUAUAAGGGAAGGAAAGACAGCACUAUGGGCCUAGUGUAUAACCUCGUUACGCAGAGCGAUGCCGCCAAUAAUAUUCAAUUGGCCCGUAGUAUGAAGCGCGAUAGCACUAGUAUGAGCGCCAUCGCUUGUCUGACUAUGAUUUUCCUGCCUGGUACCUUUACCUCUAGUAUUCUGAGUGCCGGCAUAUUUUCUGCCCGUGAGCAUGCCAAUGGCUUCGACACCUCUAGCCUAUGGUGGCUCUGGGUUAUCCUAACUAUCCCACUCACAGGCAUCGUCCUCGGUGCUUGGUGGACAUACAGACGCAGAUCUGAGCGCCGUAAGCAUGAUGUAGAUAACAACGAUAGGCGGGCGAAAUGCCGGACCACCUGGUCCAUAUUAUCUUCAAUCGAGAAAGUUGCUUCACUCAUGAGGAGGAAGGAAACAUAG